CUCCCGCCCAGCUGCUGCAACUCUAACUCGCCCCACUCUUUGCCUGGACAUGUCUUGAGAAACUUGGAUCUUUCCCUCCCUCAAGUUUAACGAUCGGAUGGGGACGAGGCGAGAUGCGGCCAUCGGGAGCCGGGCGCGGGCGCUGGAUUUGCUCGGCGCCGGCCAUGUGCUGAGGAGCGGCCCCGCCGCGAAGUUCGGACUUUAGAGGCUUGGCGGGGAGGGCAGGGGAGGCGGCCUUAUUCCGAUGGCUGCAGCUUAAUGCCCGAAAGUGUGCGGGGAUCAAGUGCCCUGGGGAAGAGGAGCGGGAAGUCCAGCUGGUCUGGGUAUUUAAUAACUGCCAUCAUGGAGAGAUACUUGACCAUGCUGUUGCUGCUGUUGCUGCUUGUGCAGCAUUUUGGAAACUGUGAAGGAAAUCAGAUACCACAUCAUGCUUCACCAAUGCAAUUUACACAAGUCCAGUACAAUGCCACUGUGUAUGAAAAUUCUGCAGCCAAGACUUAUGUUGGGCAUCCAGUAAAAAUGGGCAUUUACAUCAGAAAUCCACUUUGGGAUAUACGAUACAAAAUUAUUUCUGGUGACAACGAAAAUUUGUUCAAAGCUGAAGAGUAUGUUCUUGGAAAUUUUUGUUUUUUGAGAAUACGGACCAAGGGAGGAAAUACAGCUAUUCUGAACAGAGAGGUGAAAGACCAUUACAUACUGACUGUGAAAGCUGUUGAAAAGCAUACUAACACCGAAGCACGCACCAAGGUCAGGGUUCAGGUACUGGAUACAAAUGAUCUAAGACCCUUGUUUUCUCCAACAUCUUACAGUGUCUCUUUGCCUGAAAAUACAGCAAUAAGGACCAGUAUUGCAAGAGUCAGUGCAACAGAUGCAGAUAUCGGAACCAAUGGAGAGUUUUACUACAGUUUUAAAGAAAGAACAGAUAUGUUUGCAAUACAUCCAACCAGCGGUGUAGUAGUUGUAACUGGUAGACUUGACUAUUCAGAAGCAAAGCUAUAUGAGAUGGAAAUUCUUGCAGUGGAUCGUGGAAUGAAAUUAUAUGGUAGCAGUGGUAUUAGCAGUAUGGCAAGGUUAACUGUUCAUAUAGAGCAGGCAAAUGAACAUGCCCCUGUUAUUACAGCUGUUGCUUUGGCUUCUUCAGAAUCUGACAAGGAUCCAACAUAUGCAGUUGUGACUGUUGAGGACAAUGAUCAGGGUUCAAAUGGAGAAAUAGCGUCUCUAAGCAUUGUGGCAGGUGACCCACUUCAGCAGUUUAAAACAUUGCGGUCUGUUCCAGGAGGUAAAGAAUACAAAAUCAAAGCUGUUGGACAUAUUGAUUGGGAGAGCCAACCUUUUGGAUAUAAUCUUACUUUGCAGGCUAAAGAUAAAGGAUAUCCUUCGCGGUUUUCUUCCGUGAAAGUUAUUCAUGUGACAUCCCCACAGUUUAAGUCUGGACCAGUCAGGUUUGAAAAAGAUGUUUAUAGAGCAGAGAUAAGUGAAUUUGCCCCUCCAAAUACUCCUGUGAUAAUGGUAAAAGCUCUACCUCGUUAUCCUCAUUCAAAGUAUACUUUUAAAAAUACACCAGGCAAAAUCAGAUUCAACAUAAACCCUCAUACAGGUCUUAUUACCAUUUUAGAAAAGAUAAAAGCUCAACAUGCAUCCCAUUUAGAAGUGGAAGUCAUGACGAGUGACAGAAAAGCCUCUGCAAAAGUAUUAAUUAAAGUAGUAAGUAUGAACAGUAAUCCCCCUGAAUUUAUGCAAACAUCAUAUAAAGCUUCCUUCGAUGAGAAUGUGCCAGUUGGUACCAGUGUCAUGCGGGUGAGUGCAAAAGAUCCUGAUGAGGGUGAGAAUGGUUACGUGACAUACAGCAUUGCAAACUUAAAUCCUUUGCCAUUUGUGAUUAACCAUUUCAGUGGUAUAAUAAGUACCUCAGAAGACUUGGAUUAUGAACUGAUGCCAAGGGUUUAUAAUUUAAGGAUUCGUGCAUCUGAUUGGGGCACACCAUAUCGUCGUGAGGUUGAAGUUCCUGUUACUAUUACUUUAAAUAACUUAAAUGAUAACAUACCACUGUUUGAGAAAAUAAACUGUGAGGGCACAAUUCCCAGGGAUCUUGGUGUUGGAGAGCAAAUAACUACUGUAUCUGCUAUCGAUGCUGAUGAGCUCCAGUUGGUGAGGUACCAAAUUGAAUCUGGCAAUGAACUAGAUUUAUUUAGUUUAAACCCCAACUCUGGGGUUCUGUCACUAAAGCAACCACUAAUAGAUGGGUUGGGUGCUAAAGUGUCUUUCCAUAGUCUGAGAAUUACAGCUACAGAUGGAGAGAACUUUGCAAGACCAUUAUAUAUCAACAUUACCAUAGCUGCUAGUCGCAAACCAGUCGACUUGCAAUGUGAAGAGACUGGAGUAGCCAAAAUGUUGGCAGAAAAACUGCUGCAGGCAAAUAAGUUACACAGUCGUGGAGAGAUUGAGGAUGCUUUCUUUGACACUCACUCUGUGAAUAUGCACCCGCCUCAGUUUAGAAGAACUCUCCCCACUAGUGUUGAAAUACGGGAAGAUGAACCUGUCAGUUCCAGCAUAAUACUUGUGAAUGCCACUGAUCUUGACACUGGCUUCAAUGGGAAACUGGUUUAUGCCAUCUCUGGAGGGAAUGACGACAGUCAUUUUAUUGUUGAUAUGGAAACAGGAAUGUUGAAAGUUUUAUCUCCUCUUGAUCGAGAAGUUAGAGAUGCAUACACUUUGAAUAUUACUGUGUAUGACCUUGGAAUACCACAGAAGUCUGCCUGGCGUCUUUUAGAUGUCAAAAUUUUGGAUGCUAAUGAUAACCGACCAGAGUUUUUACAGAAUAGCUAUUUUGUUGAAGUGAGUGAAAGCAAGGAGCUUAACAGUGAUAUUAUUCAGAUUGAAGCUAUAGAUAGAGAUUUGGGGCCCAAUGGAGAAGUGAAAUAUUUUCUUCUUACAGACACGGACAUAUUUACCGUUGACAGUGUGACAGGUGUUGUGAAAGUUGUAGGGGCUCUGGAUCGUGAAAUCCAACAUGUGCAUUUCCUGAAAAUAGAAGCUAGGGAUCAACCAAAUGAAGAGCCUCAAUUGUUUUCAACUGUACUUUUGAAAGUAUCUCUAGAAGAUAUUAAUGACAAUCCUCCUCAAUUUAUUCCAUCAAAUUAUCAUGUGAAAAUUCGAGAGGAUCUUCCAGAAGGAACUAUCAUCACAUGGCUAGAAGCUUAUGAUCCUGAUCUAGGCCAGUCAAGUCAAGUACGGUACAGCCUUUUAGAUAAUGGAGAUGGGACCUUUGAUGUAGAUAAGUUGAGUGGAGCUAUACGUAUUGUACAAAGACUGGAUUUUGAAAGGAAGCAAGUUUAUAACCUGACUGUACGAGCCAAGGACAAAGGAAAGCCUGUUUCAUUAUCUUCCACCUGUUAUGUUGAGGUUGAGGUAGUUGAUGUAAAUGAAAAUUUGCACCCUCCACAGUUUUCCAUUUUUGCGGAUAAAGGCUUAGUAAAAGAAGAUGCUCCAAUUGGUUCAUCUGUAAUGACAAUAUCUGCCUAUGAUGAGGAUGGAGGAAGAGAUGGAGAGAUAAAGUAUUCAAUCAGGGAUGGAUCUGGUGUUGGUGUUUUCCGAAUAGAUGAAGAAAAGGGUAUAAUAGAGACUGCUGAUCGGCUGGACCGUGAGACAACUUCACAUUAUUGGCUAACUGUUUAUGCAACAGACCAAGGCAUUGUGCCUCUGUCGUCUUUCAUUGAAAUCUACAUAGAAGUUGGGGAUGUUAAUGAUAAUGCUCCUCAGACAACCGAACCUGUUUAUUACCCUGAAGUCAUGGAAAAUUCACCUAAGGAUGUAUCUGUCAUUCAGAUUGAAGCAUAUGAUCCAGAUUCCAGCUCUAAUGAAAAGUUAACUUACAAGAUUACUAGCGGAAACCCCCAAGGAUUCUUUUCAAUAAAUCCCAGAACUGGUCUAAUUGCAACCACAUCAAGAAGGCUAGACCGAGAACAGCAAGGAGAGCACAUACUGGAGGUAACUGUAACAGAUAAUGGCAUUCCCGCAAAAUCAACUAUCGCCCGGGUGAUUAUAAAGGUCUUAGAUGAAAACGACAAUAAGCCUCAGUUUUUGCAAAAGUUCUACAAAAUCAGGCUUCCAGAGCGUGAUAAACCGGAACGAGAAAGAACUGCCAAGAGAGAACCUAUCUAUCGGGUUAUUGCUGCAGAUAAAGAUGAAGGCCCCAAUGCAGAAAUAUCUUACAGCAUUGAAGACGGUGAUGAACAAGGCAAAUUCUUUAUUGAACCGAAAACUGGAGUGGUUUCAUCAAAGAAAUUUUCUGCAGCAGGAGAAUAUGAUAUUCUUUCUAUUAAAGCUGUGGAUAAUGGACGCCCACAAAAGUCAUCAACAACUCGACUUCAUAUAGAAUGGAUUUCAAAGCCCAUCCCACCCACAGAACCCAUUUUUUUUGAGGAAAUGUUUUUUUCUUUUACGGUGAUGGAGAGUGAUCCAGUAGCUCACAUGAUCGGUGUAAUAGCUGUUGAGCCUCUUGGCGCACCACUCUGGUUUGACAUUACUGGUGGCAACUAUGACAGCCGUUUUGAUGUGGACAAGGGCACUGGAACCAUCAUUGUCGCUAGACCUCUUGAUGCAGAACAGAAAUCAAAUUACAACCUGACAGUAGAGGCAACAGAUGGAACCAGAUCUAUCAGCACUCAGGUGUACAUCAAAGUGAUAGACACAAAUAACCACAGGCCCCAGUUUUCCACCUCAAAAUAUGAAGUUGUUAUAUCUGAAGACACAGUGCCAGAGACAGAAAUUUUGCAAGUUACUGCAACAGACAGGGAUGAGAAGAAUAAACUAAUUUAUACAAUGCAGAGUAGCACUGAUCCCAUCAGCCUCAAGAAAUUUCGCCUGGAUCCUGGAACAGGCUCUCUCUAUACUUCUGAAAAAUUGGAUCAUGAGGCCAUGCACCAACAUAUUCUCAUAGUAAUGGUACGAGAUCAGGAUGUUCCUGUCAAGCGCAACUAUGCUAGAAUUGUCAUUAAUGUAAGUGACACAAAUGAUCAUACUCCAUGGUUCACCAGCUCUUCCUAUGAAGGACGGGUGUAUGAAUCAGCAGCUGUUGGAUCAGCAGUACUCCAAGUUACGGCAUUAGACAAGGACAAAGGAAAAAAUGCAGAGAUUGUAUACUCUAUUGAAUCAGGGAAUAUUGGAAAUUCUUUCAUUAUAGAUCCCAUUUUGGGCACAGUUAAAAUUGCAAAGGAACUCAAUCGUAGUAGCCGAGAAGAAUACAAUUUAAUGGUAAAGGCUACAGAUAAGGGAAUUCCUCCAUUGAGUGAAGUAACUUCUGUUCAUAUAUUUGUCACAGUUUCUGAUAAUGCUGCACCAAAAUUCACAUCAAAGGAAUAUUCUACAGAAAUCAGUGAAGGCACUAGCAUUGGUAGUUUUGUCGGAAUGGUUACAGCAUACAGUCAGUCUUCUGUGGUUUAUGAGAUAAAAGAUGGCAAUAUAGGGGAUGCCUUUGAUAUCAAUCCAAACUCGGGAGUUGUCACUUCUCAGAAGAUUCUUGAUUUUGAAACCUUACCUGUUUAUACACUGACUGUUCAGGGAACCAACAUGGCUGGCUUGUCCACUAAUAAUACUGUUUUGGUGCAUCUUCAGGAUGAGAAUGAUAAUGUACCAGUUUUUACGCAGGCAGAAUAUAUAGGGCUCGUCAGUGAAUCUGCUUCAAUUAACAGUGUGGUUCUGACAGACAAGAAUAUCCCGUUGGUAAUUCGAGCUACAGAUGCUGAUAAAGAUUCAAAUGCUUUGCUUGUUUAUCAAAUUGUUGAACCAUCUGUCCAUAAGUAUUUUGCCAUUGAUUCUAGUACUGGCGCCAUUCGGACUGUAACAAGCUUGGACUAUGAGGAGACAAACAUUUUCCACUUUUCAGUGCAAGUACAUGAUAUGGGGGCACCACGUUUAUUUGCUGAAUAUGUAGCUAAUGUUACUAUUUAUGUAAUUGACAUCAAUGAUUGCCCUCCUGUUUUUUCAAAAGAUUUGUAUGAGACAUCCAUUUUGGUGCCAACAUAUAAAGGAGUGCAAGUUAUCACUGUGAAUGCUACCGAUGCUGAUUCAGGAGCUUUUUCACAAUUGAUUUAUUCAAUCACUGAAGGUAACAUUGGAGAAAAAUUUUCAAUAGACUCUAAGACUGGAGUUAUAACAAUACAAAAUACAACUCAGUUAAGAAGCAGGUAUGAAUUGGCAGUCAGAGCAUCUGAUGGCAGAUUUGCAAGUACUGCAUCUGUAAAAAUUAAUGUGAAGGAAACUAAAGCAAGUCCACUGAAGUUCACCCAGAGUUCCUAUUCUGCAGUAGUGCAAGAGAAUUCUACUGAGGCGAAAACAAUAGCUGUUGUUACUGCUAUAGGAAAUCAAAUGAAUGAGCCUUUGUUUUAUCAUAUUUUAAACCCAGACAGCAGAUUUAAAAUAAGUUACACUUCAGGAGUACUUUCAACCACAGGAAUACCAUUUGAUCGCGAACAGCAAGAAUCUUUUGAUGUAGUGGUGGAAGUCACAGGGGAGCAUAAACCAUCAGUAGUUGCACACGUUGUGGUGAAAGUCACAGUAGAAGAUAUAAAUGAUAAUGCUCCAAUUUUUGUCAAUCUUCCAUAUUAUGCUGUUGUUAAAGUAGACUCUGAAGUAGGUCAUAUUGUUAGGCGUGUCACUGCUGUAGAUAAAGACAUGGGUAAAAAUGGAGAAGUUCAUUACUAUCUUAAAGAACAUCAUGAACACUUCCAAAUUGGACCUACUGGUGAGAUCUCACUCAAGAAGCCAUUUGAAUUGGACACACUGAAUAAGGAGUAUCUUGUCACAGUGAUGGCAAAAGAUGGGGGAGACCCAGCCUUUUCUGCUGAAGUUAUAGUCCCAAUCACUAUUAUGAAUAAAGCCAUGCCAGUUUUUGAGAAGCCUUUUUAUAGUGCGGAGAUACCUGAAAACAUCCAGCUGCAUAGCCCUGUUGUUCAUAUACAAGCAAACAGCCCAGAAGGACUUAAGGUAUUUUAUAGUAUCACAGAUGGAGAUCCUUUCAAUCAGUUUACUAUCAACUUCAAUACUGGAGUAAUAAAUGUUGUUGCUCCAUUAGAUUUUGAAGCCCAUCCAGCCUAUAAACUAAGUGUUCGAGCAACUGAUUCCUUAACUGGUGUUCAUGCUGAAGUGUUUGUAGACAUAAUAGUGGAAGAUAUCAAUGAUAAUCCUCCUCUGUUUAAAAAGCAAUCUUAUUCUGCAACCCUUUCUGAAGCAUCUGUAAUUGGAACAUCUGUUAUUCAAGUUAGUGCUACUGAUGCUGAUUCUGGAACAAACAGAGGAAUUUCCUAUCACUUGAUUGAGAAUAAUAGCAAAAGCCAUGACUAUUUCCACAUAGAUAGCAGCACUGGGCUCAUUCUGACAGCAAGAUCUUUGGAUUAUGAACAGACCCAGCAACACAAAUUGCUAGUAAGGGCUAUAGACAGUGGAAUGCCUCCACUGAGCAGUGACAUCAUUGUAACAGUUGAUGUAACUGACCUUAAUGAUAACCCACCCAUAUUCAGCCAGUUGCUUUAUGAAGCUAAAAUUAGUGAACUGGCUCCCCGUGGACAUUUUGUAACCUGUGUAAAAGCCUCUGAUGCAGACAAUUCAGAUGUAGACAAAUUGGAGUACUCCAUUCUGACAGGCAAUGAUCACAUGAAUUUUGCAAUUAACAGCAAAACUGGCAUCAUCACUAUCUCAAACCUGCAUAAACAAGCCUUGAAGCCGCAUUACAAUCUUAACAUGUCUGUGUCUGAUGGGGUCUUCAGAAGUUCAGCUCAAGUGCUGAUAACUGUAAUUGGAGCAAAUUUACAUAGCCCGAUUUUCAGUCAAAAUGAAUAUGAGGUUGAACUAGCUGAAAAUGCACCAUUGUAUACCUUGGUGACUGAAGUUAAAGCAACAGAUCAAGAUUCUGGUACUUAUGGCCACAUCACUUACCAUAUUGUAAAUGACUUCGCCAAAGAUAGAUUUUAUACUAAUGAGAGAGGGCAGAUAUUUACUUCUGAAAAACUUGAUCGUGAAAAACAAACAGAAAAAGUAAUUGCUGUUAGUUUAAUGGCCAAGGAUGCUGGAGGAAAAGUUGCUUUCUGCACUGUAAAUGUGAUACUUACAGAUGAUAAUGAUAAUGCCCCUCAAUUCCGAGCAACAGAAUAUGAAGUAAAUAUUGGUUCUGAUGUUCCUAGAGGUACAUCUGUCAUCAAAGUUUUGGCCUCUGAUGCUGAUGAAGGUACGAAUGCAGAUAUUACAUAUGCCAUUGAAGCAGAGUCUGAAAGUGUUAAAGAGAAUUUGGAAAUUAAUGCAUCAUCUGGUAUCAUUACUACAAAAGAAAGCUUAAUUGGUUUAGAAAAUGAGUUUCUAACUUUCUUUGUUAGAGCGGUAGAUGGUGGAUCCCCACAAAAAGAGUCAGUUGUUCCUGUUUAUAUUAGAAUACUCCCACCAGAAGUGCCUCUUCCAAAAUUUUCAGAGCCAUUUUAUUCUUACACCAUUUCUGAGGACAUUGCUAUUGGAGCCGAGAUUGACAUUAUACAAGCAGACCAUAAACAGACGUUAGUCUAUCGUCUGAUAAAAGGCAACACUCCUGAAAGCAAUAGGGAUGAAUUCUUUGUGAUUGAUAGCCAAAAUGGAAGGCUGAAACUGGAGAAGAGUCUUGAUCAUGAGACAACUAAGUGGUAUCAGUUUUCAGUGCUGGCACAGUAUAGGAAUGAAGAUUACAGUGUUGUUUCCACAGUAGAUGUAAGCAUUCAAGUAAAAGAUGCAAAUGACAAUAAACCUAUUUUGGAGUCUAAUCCAUAUGAAGCUUUCAUUGUAGAGAACCUGCCAGCUGGAACAAGAGUCAUCCAAGUAAAAGCAACUGACCUGGACUCAGGCAUCAAUGGGCAAGUUACAUAUAGUCUAGAUCCAUCACAAGAACUGGCGGUCAUAGAGUCUUUUGCCAUAAACAUGGAGACUGGUUGGAUUUCCACCCUCAAAGAGCUUGAUCAUGAGCAAUGUAAUAAGUACAAAAUUACAGUGAUUGCAUGUGAUUGUGGUGAAAAAAUUCAGUUGUCUUCUGUGACAGUGGUUGAAGUUAUGGUUACAGACGUGAAUGACAACCCUCCGCGUUUUACGGCAGAGAUAUACAAGGGGACAGUCAGUGAGGAUGAUCCACCUGGUGGUAUAAUUGCUAUCUUGAGUACCACUGAUGCUGAUACAGAGGAAUCUAACAGACAAGUCACUUAUUACAUUACAGGCGGCGAUCCCUUGGGACAAUUUGCUGUUGAAAACAUACAGAAUGAAUGGAAGGUCUAUGUCAGAAAGCCUCUAGACAGGGAAGAGAAAGACAACUACCUUCUGAACAUUACAGCUACUGAUGGAAUAUUUGCAACCAAAGCUGUGGUGGAGGUUAAAGUCCUUGAUGCUAAUGACAACAGUCCUGUUUGUGAAAAAGCUUUAUACGCUGACACUAUUCCAGAGGAUGCAUCUCCUGGCAAACUGAUCAUACAGAUCUCUGCAACCGAUGCAGAUAUUCGUUCCAAUGCUGAAAUUACAUAUACGCUGCAUGGCACCGGAGCAGAAAAAUUCAAAUUCAGUCCAGACACAGGUGAACUAAAAACAUUAAUGCCACUUGAUCGUGAGCAGCAAGCUGUUUAUAAUCUUUUGGUGAAAGCCACAGAUGGAGGAGGAAGAUUCUGCCAAGCUGAUAUUAUUCUGACUCUAGAAGAUGUGAAUGACAAUGCCCCAGAGUUUACAGCUGAUCCUUACUCCAUUACAGUGUUUGAAAACACAGAGCCUAAAACUUUAUUGACAAGAGUGCAGGCUACAGAUGCAGAUGCAGGUGUUAACCGUAAAGUUCGCUACUCACUGGUGAACUCUGCAGAUGGACAGUUUUCUAUUGAUGAAUUAUCUGGAAUUGUUCGAUUGGAGAAGCCUUUAGAUCGGGAGCUGCAGGCAGUAUACACUCUAAAUUUAAAAGCAGUAGAUGAAGGUUUACCUAGAAGAUUGUCCUCUACUGGUACCCUUGUGGUUUCUGUUUUGGAUAUAAAUGAUAAUCCACCUGUGUUUGAGUAUAGCGAGUACAGUACCAACGUAUCAGAGGACACUUUGGUUGGAACAGAGGUUCUUCAGAUUUAUGCUGCCAGCAGGGACAUUGAAACCAAUGCUGAGAUCACCUAUGCAAUAGUCAAUGGAAAUGAACAUGGAAAAUUCAGUAUUGAUUCAGCAACAGGAGCCAUUUUUAUUAUUGAAAGCCUGGAUUAUGAAAGUUCCCAUGAGUAUUACUUGACAGUGGAAGCUACAGAUGGAGGCACACCUUCAUUAAGUGAUGUUGUAACAGUGAAUAUUAAUGUAACAGAUAUCAAUGACAAUACUCCAGUGUUCAGCCAAGACACGUACACUGCAGUAAUCAGUGAAGAUGCUGUACUUGAACAGUCAGUCAUUAUGGUUAUGGCAGAUGAUGCUGAUGGACCUUCAAACAACCACAUUCGUUACUCAAUUAUAGAUGGCAACCAGGGAAGUCCUUUUACCAUUGACCCUACAAGGGGUGAAAUAAAAGUGACUAAACUUCUAGACAGAGAGAAGAUUUCAGGAUAUACCUUGACAGUGCAAGCUUCAGAUAAUGGAAAUCCACCCAGAGUCAACACAACUACUGUAAACAUUGAUGUAUCUGAUGUAAAUGACAAUCCUCCAGUGUUCUCAAAGGGGAACUAUAGCAUUAUCAUCCAGGAAAAUAAGCCUAUCGGAUUUAGUGUGUUGCAGCUGGUAGUGACAGACAAAGAUUCUUCCCAUAAUGGUCCACCUUUCAUCUUCACCAUCCUGAGCGGAAAUGAAGACAACACUUUUCAGAUUAACCAGCAAGGAGUACUUACCACAUCUGUUGCUCUGAAUCGCAGAGUGAGGGAUCGUUACUUACUUCAUAUUAAGGUGGCAGAUAAUGGAAAACCACAACUCUCAUCUUUGGCUUACAUUGACAUCAGAGUUAUUGAGGAAAGCAUCUAUCCCCCAGCAAUACUGCCAUUAGAAAUCUUUAUUACAACUUUUGGGGAAGAAUAUUCAGGUGGUGUCAUUGGGAAAAUCCAUGCAACUGAUCAGGAUGUUUAUGACACUUUAACAUAUAGUCUGGAUCCCAAGAUGGAAUCCCUGUUCUCUGUGUCUAGCACUGGUGGGAAGCUGAUAGCCCAUAAAAGGUUAGAUGUAGGACAGUACCUCCUGAAUGUCACCGUUACAGAUGGAAAAUUUACUACUGCAGCUGACAUUACAGUGCAUAUCAGACAAAUAACACAAGAAUUACUAAACCACAGCAUUGCCAUACACUUUGCAAAUCUUGCUCCUGAAGAAUUUAUUGGUGACUACUGGCGCAAUUUUCAGAGAGCUUUAAGAAACAUCUUGGGUGUGAGAAGAAAUGACAUACAAAUCAUUAGUCUCCAACCCUCUGAUCCUCCUUCAAGCCUUAAUGUACUGUUGCAUGUUGAGAAAUCUAGUAAUUCCCUGCACCAAACUAAAAGUCUACUCCACAAAAUAAACUCCUCUGUAGCUGACCUUGAGGAGAUUUUAGGAGUCCGAAUACUUGAAGUUUUCCACAAACUUUGUGCGGGCCGCGAUUGUCCUUUGAAAUUUUGUGAAGAAAAAGUCACAGUGGAUGAAAAUGUCAUGUCAACCCACAGCACAGCUAGGCUGAGUUUUGUCACUCCACGUCACCACAGAGCAGCAGUUUGUCUUUGCCAAGAUGGGAGAUGUCCUCUAGCAAAUAGUAUGUGUGAAGGAAACCCGUGCCCUGAAGGUUCUGAAUGUGUGCCAGAUCCUACAGAAGGAAAGUACAGCUGUGUUUGCCAUGGUAGCAAUCCUGGCCAAUGUCCUGUUGGUUCAUCGGUGACAUUUACUGGAAGCAGCUAUGUAAAAUAUCGUCUCAUGGAAAAUGAAAACAAAGAGGAAAUGAAGCUCACAAUGAGACUUAGAACAUAUUCGAUCCAUGCAGUUGUCAUGUAUGCCCGAGGAACAGACUAUAGUAUCUUAGAGAUCAACCACGGGAGGCUCCAGUAUAAAUUUGACUGUGGCAGUGGCCCUGGUAUUGUCUCUGUUCAGAGCAUCCAGAUUAAUGAUGGCCAGUGGCAUUCAGUAUCUCUUGAAGUAGAUGGAAACUAUGCCCGGUUGGUUCUGGACAGGGUACAUACUGCAUCUGGCACUGCUCCUGGAACUCUUCGAACACUAAAUUUAGACAACCAUGUAUUUUUUGGUGGUCAUAUUCGUCAACAAGGUACAAGACAUGGCAGAAGUCCACAGGUUAGCAAUGGCUUCAGAGGAUGUAUGGAUUCCAUUGUACUUAAUGGACAGGAACUACCACUAAACAGCAACCCACGAAAUUAUGCACAUAUGGAAGAAUCUGUAGAUGUUUCUCCUGGCUGUUUACUGGUUGCUAUAGAAGGUUGUUCAAGCAGUCCAUGCCAGAAUGGAGGCAUCUGUAAUCCACUGACCAAUGGAGGUUAUUUUUGCAAGUGUGGCCCUAUGUUUAUGGGAACCCACUGUGAUGUAAGCAUCAACCCAUGUGCCUCCAAUCCUUGUCUUUAUGGUGGUUCUUGCAUUCCUGUCAGUGAUGAUUUUGUUUGCCAAUGCAGAGGACAGUACACUGGUCAAAGAUGUCAAUUGGGUCCAUAUUGCAAAGACAAUCCUUGCAAAAACAGUGGCAAGUGUAUCGAUAGUUUGGAUGGACCAGUUUGUGAGUGUGAGACUGGGUUUCGUGGAGAGAGGUGCCUGGCUGAUGUUGAUGAAUGCAUAGAAAAUCCAUGUCUUCAUGGUGCCCAUUGUGAGAACACAUAUGGCUCAUAUAGUUGCAACUGUAGCCAUGGAUAUGGAGGAAAACAUUGUGCAGAGACUGUUCUUAAUAAAUAUAUUUCAACAUCUUGGAACAUUAGUUUAGCAGAAGUAAUUGGAAUUAUUGUUUUCAUAACAGUAAUCUUCUUAUUAGUUGGGAUUUUUGUUAUCUGUCGCAAAGUGAUCAGCAGGAAGAAGAAACACCAGCCAGAACCUGAAGAUAAACAUUUGGCAACAACAACACCUUUCUUGCAAAGACCGUAUUUUGAUUCAAAAUUGAAUAAGAACAUUUAUUCUGACAUCCCACCCCAAGUUCCUGUUCGUCCCAUUUCUUAUACUCCAAGCAUUCCAAGUGACUCCAGGAACAAUCUGGACAGGAAUUCCUUUGAGGGGUCUGCAAUUCCAGAGCAUCCAGAAUUUAGUACUUUUAACCCAGAUGCUGUACAUGGACACCGAAAGGCUGUGGCUGUUUGUAGUGUAGCCCCAAAUUUACCUCCUCCACCUCCAUCUAACUCUCCUUCAGACAGUGAUUCAAUACAGAAGCCUAGCUGGGAUUUUGACUAUGACACCAAAGUAGUAGAUCUUGAUCCUUGCCUUUCAAAGAAGCCUCUGGAGGAAAAGGCCUCUCAUCCUUACAGUGCUAGAGAAAGCAUGUCUGAAGUUCAGUCUCUUAGUUCCUUCCAGUCUGAAUCGUGCGAUGACAAUGCUUCCAUAGUGACUGUAAUACACCUUGUCAAUGCUGUUGUUGACUCGGUGGAAAAAGAAGAAUCUUUUGCUGUUCCUGACCUCAGCCAUUCAAGAGGUUAUCACUGGGAUACUUCAGACUGGAUGCCAAAUGUUCAACUGCCAGGUAUCCAGGAAUACCCAAACUAUGAGGUGGUUGAAGAGCCAGCUCCCAUCUACACAGAUCCAAAUGUCAUUGAUACAGACUAUUAUCCUGGAGGCUACGAUAUAGAAAGUGAUUUCCCACCUCCACCAGAUGAUUUUCCUGCACCUGAUGAGCUUCCACCAUUACCACCAGAAUACAGCGACCAGUUUGAAUCAAUACAGCCACCCAGAGACAUGCCUGCUGUAGGUAGCUUGGGUUCUUCUACAAGAAGCAGACAGAGGUUCAACCUUAAUCAAUACCUUCCCCAUCACUAUCCUGCAGAUAUGUCAGAACCUCAGAACACCACCAGUGGAGUCAGCAGUAAUUUUAGAGAACCUUAUGCUUCUUGUUCUUUAGGGUACAAUAGAGACUUUGAAGCACCCACUGUAGACAACAUGCCUAUGUCUGUGUACGCUUCCACGGCUUCAUGCUCUGAUGUGUCAGCAUGCUGUGAAAUGGAGUCUGAGGUAAUGAUGAGUGACUAUGAGAGUGGAGAUGAUGGCCACUUUGAGGAUGUGAAAAUUCCUCCACUUGAUUCCCAACAACAUACAGAGGUCUGACACUCAUAUUCAACAAAAGUGCCUGGACUUUAAUGAACUUUAAGCAUUCUAGAACAACCUUGAAGAGCUUAUUUUUUCUUGGCAGCAGUGCUUGAAUGCUUUUUGUUUCAGUGCGUGAAAACUGGCAUGACUGCACUGGAUCAUGCGGCUCAUUUCAAUAUAUUAGUCUGUUUCCAUUUCCUGACCUACUGUAAUUGGACAAAUCAAAAAUUUCCAUUGGCUGUGCCACUUCUGAAAGUGUUUUUUAUACUUACAGUGUCUGUUAAAGAAAUAAAAAACACCACUUCACCAUGUUAGCAUGAUACAUAUAUUUAUAUAGUUCUAAUGCAAAUUAAUUUUCUCCAAUCUUUUUUGUAAAUUUUAUGUACAGUUUUGAUUUUAAUAGUUUAUCUAGAUUUUGUAGAUAUUUUGUGAAUUUGUUUCCCACUGAAUCUAGUGGUGUUAGUGUGCCAUUAAACUAGCACUCUUGACUUUUUUUAUAAUCAGGGCUUCACUGUAUGUAUUUUUUUCCCACUGAAGUUUAACAUUUCAUUAUGAAGAUUUCAGAAUAUUCAACUGAUUCCAGCUGUAUAUAGGUUGGUUAGGUCUGAUAUUUUCUGGGUCAGAUACAUGGAAAUGUCUUAAAUGGGUUGCUGUAUUUUAGACCUGUAAACAUUUUUCCCUUCUUGGAAAGUGUGUUGGGGACCCUCUGCAUACCUGUUUAGAACCAAAACCACCAUGACACAGUUUUUAUAGUGUCUGUAUAUUUGUGAUGCAAUGGUCUUGUAAAGGUUUUUACUGAAAACUAUCAUUAGCCAGUCUUUCUUACUGACAAUAAAUUAUUAAUAAAAUACUUUAGCUUUG